UUAAUGAAAUAAAGAAAUAUGCGCACAGUAAUAAUAGUAAUGAAAUCGAAGACUAAUCUUUAUUCUGUCUUCAUAGCUCACACCUUUUCUUCUCCCUCACAAAAAACCAAUAGUCGGAUCCUGCAAUUCAUUCAUUUCUCCAUGAAAUUACUUCUCAAUUAGGCAUAAGCUGCCUUUUUGAAAAUGGGAAAACCAAAGGUUAAAAAAUCUGGAGGAACCAACAAACGGAUUGACAAUGUUACAAAACGCAACUCUAAACAACAAACUCCAGAGAAAGCUGACGAACAUCCUGAAUGGUUGCCUAAUGGCUGGGAUAUCGAAGUUAGAACGCGACAAAGUGGUCCGGCUAUGGGAUCUGCAUAUAAGUGUUACAUUGAUCCAUCAAAUACAUACAAAUUCUACUCCAAACCUGAGGUAUUACGACAUCUUGAAACUAUAAGGGACAGAAAAUGCUCUUCCAAUAAGAAGAAAGGCACUAGCAAGCAUUCUCCAAGCAAGGAGGAGGGGGAACACACUAAGAGUAAGCAGCAUUCUCCAAGCAAGGAGGAAGAGAAAAAGACUAAGAGUAACCAGCAUUCUCCAAGCAAGGAGGAAGAGAAAUGCAUUAACAUGCAUUCUCCAAACAAGGGGGAAGAGAAACACAUCAGCAUGCAUUCUCCAAGCAAGGACGGAGAGAAAUGCACUAACAUGCACUCUCCAAGCAACGUUGCAGGCGAGAAUUCCAUUGUGGAGGAUCUACCACCUGGAUGGAUUAAAGAAGUAAAGAUUCGGAAGCACAGAAGUGGCAUAAAGAAAGAUUGGUUUUAUAUUGAUCCAGUGAGUGGAUAUGUAUUCCAUUCCAAGAAGGAUGUACAACGUUUUCUCAAAUCUGGAGAUAUAGCCAAGUGUGCCAUUAAACCAAGUAGAAGACAAUAUCAAGAUGAAGACAACUCAACUCCUUCACCUGCUGCCAAGAGACAAAAACGAAAGCAGUCUACACCCAUGCAAAAGAUUUUUGUUGCCAAGGAACCAGUUGAAAGCUUAGAAUUGCCCGAUGCUAACAACUCAAGGAAAGGGCAAGAUGUGAAUAUGUCAUCUGGAACAAUGGUUGCUCUUGAUACCUCAGGGGAAUCCUUGAAAAUGGAUCACUGUAACCAUAACAUAUCCAAAAAUGAUGUCAAUGUGAGUCAUCGGUUUUCACGGAGACUAGCUGGUGUUGAACCUGUCAAGUUGGUUGACAAUGAUGUUGUCAAUGUGAGUCAUCGGUUUUCACGGAGACUGGCUGGUGUUGAACCUGUAAAGUUGGUUGACAAUGUGACUAAUGACCAGGCUCUUCUAGUUCCAAAAAGAAACUUGAGAAAAAACAGAACUACUCUAGGCGCUGAUAUGGAAAAUAAAUCAUCUCAGCAUUUCAAUGGUGUCCCGAAAAUUGAGCAACCAGAGGCAAUGGACACAAGCAACACUCUUUCUGAAGUAGUUUUCAAAGAUCAACCACGUCAACUAGAAAGAGAUAAAAUCGAAGACAAUAAGCCAGAAUUUCAUACCAACUCAAACAAAUCCAGUAAGAAGAAAGAGCCCAGCAUUCCUUGUCGGGCUUCAAAACGACUGGCUGGAUCUGAACACAGGCUGAUGAACUCCAUAUCCUGCGAAAUAGCUUCCAAAUGUAAAAGCACAAGGUCUAAAGAAGUCAUAGCUGAAUUGCAACAAAGUGAGGGUGGGCCAGUUACCAAGCUUACAGACCAUGCACCAUUACAUAGAGAGUCAGGAAAUAAAAGAAGAAAGUCUCCUAGAGUCAUACCUGCUGCAGACAAACAAGUGGAAAAACCUGAAGUGGAUGACGAGAAAUCAGAACCUCAACUUUCCUUUGCAUUCCACUACUCUUGGUCUGACCCAAGCUUGGAUUAUGCAAUCAAUACCCUCACGGGUGUGUUACCACCAGUUGAUAAUUCUGUUGAUAAUGGACCCUCUACAGUCCCUGAAACUGAUAUUCUAAAACCUGCAUUUGACAAUGUCACUGGAAGAAGCAGGGGCAGUCAAAACAAUUCAGUUUAUAAUGGACCCACUACCGUCCAUGAAACUGAUAUUGAAAAAACAUUGUUUGACAACGUUAGUAGAGGAAGCAAUGACAGUCAAAACAAUUUGCUUGACAAUGUUACAAAAAGCAGGGACAAAAAUCCACCGGUGCAGUCAAAAUCCAAGAGAAAGAAAGAGGUCAAAGUCCCUAUGCGGUUGUCAAAGCGACUUGCUGGCAUUGAACCGGAGGCAAGUCCUUCCGAUAAAGCUCUUGAGUAUUCGAGUAGAAAACCAUGCAAAGAAGAGCCCACUGCAACUGUACUUUUAACUAAUGGAGGAUCCAACCAUCUCUAUGUUGGAGAAGAAACCAAGCUUACUCGUCAUGUGUCUGACAGUUUGAAAACAGAAGUGCUAGGAGAAUCAUCAAGAAAGAGUGGUAAGUCGUAUGAUACCCAAACUGUUCACAAGGAACAACAAUUGGAGAGAGCUGAAGCUAAAAAUAUUAGUAAUGAUAGAUCAAAGUCAGAGCUCACCUUGCCAUUUGGUGAAUCCUGGUCAGAUCCAUGCCUAGAAUUUGCAUUCAAGACUCUCACUGGUGCUUUGCCGGUUGAUUCUUCUGCCGAGAUUUUUAAAGUUUCGACUCCUAGUGUUGGUGAACUGCCAAAUAAUAAGUUGUAUGGGAGAGUGACAACCAGCAUGGAUAAAAAAGUUCAUGACAAAACAAACCAAUCCCAAAACAACAAAGAGCGUAAUAUGAAUGAUCAGUCUUCAAAGAUACUGCUUGGGCAACCUGAGUUGAGGACUAGUUCCUUAUCCGGAAAAAAUAUGCCUAAAUUCACCAAUGGAGAAUCUCAUAGUCACAAAGGCAACAUAAUAAGGAAUCAGGAACCUGUGUUGAGGACUAGCUCCUCAUCUGGAAAAAGUGUGUCUGAAUUAACCACUCGAGAAUCUCACAAUCAUGAAGAGAACAUGAUGAGGAAUUUGUUUGGAGAACCUCUAUAUGUUGAAGAUGAAAACACAACCCAACUUCCGCAUCAUUCUAGAACUAAUGCAUACUCACAAAUACAUGAAGAGCCAUUUAAGAAAAAUGACCAGGUUGCUGAGGGUGAAUUUGGUACAUUGGAGAAACCACCGGGUUUUGAAACUAAAAUGUUUAAACAUGGCAACGGAGAAUCUCAUAGUCAUGAAGGCAACAACAUAAGGAAUCUGGAACCUGUGUUGAGGACUAGCUCCACAUCUGGAAAAAAUGUGUCAACCACUCGAGAAUCUCAUAAUCAUGAAGAGAACAUGAUGAUGAAUUUGUUUGGAGAACCUCUAUAUGUUGAAGAUGAAAACACAACCCAACUUCUGCACCAUUCUAGAACUAAUGCAUACUCACAAAUACAUGCAGAGCCUUUAAAGAAAAAUGACCAGGUUGCUGAGGGUGAAUUUGGUACACUGGAGAAACCACCGGGUUUUGAAACUAAAACGUUUAACCAUGGCAAUGGAGAAUCUCAUAGUCAUGAAGGCAACACCAUAAGGAAUCUGGAACCUGUGUUGAGGACUAGCUCCCCAUCUGGAAAAAAUGUGUCUAAAUUAGCUACUGGAGAAUUUCAUAGUCACGAAGACAACUUAAUGAUGAGUUUGUUUGGUGAACCUCUGUAUGUUGAAGAUGAAAACACAACCCAACUUCUGCAUCAUUCUAGAACUAAUGCAUACUCACAAAUACAUGAAGAGCCGGUAAAGAAAAAUGACCAGGUUGCUGAGGGUGAAUUUGGUACAUCGGAGCAACCACCGCCAUUUCAAACUGUAAUGUUAAACCACGACAAUACUGAGUUACAGUUCUGUGAAUCUUUUAUGAAUUCUUGGUCAGACCCAUGCUUAGAAUUUGCAUUUAAGACUCUUACAGGUGUGAUUCCAGUAGAGGAAAAUUUAGCAGUUCAAGGGGGUGUCCAGGAACCUGUUAACUGUCAUGAUGGAAGGGAUGGUGUAUCAGCGUUGCCAGAUUUUGGAUCUUCCAGUUUUUCACAAAGUGAUUUCUCAUUUCACUUUGACACAGGAGGGAAGUCCAUGCCAGGGCAGCAGUCAUCAAUGAGCUCUCCAUUCCCAUCUCUGAGCCUGCAAGGUUGUCCCGGAGUUGAUCCACAACGACAAUAUUCCCAGUUCAAUAAUAAUUUUCAAAGACGGUAAGCUCUUACCUUUGUUGCUGAACCCGGGAUAGCUGCCAUUAAUCUCUGAUUGUACUUUUAUAGACUACCAAAUCGUUUUCAUUAAGAAUCCUUUUGUUUCCUGGUAUUUGUGAAUACAUUCCGAAGAUAGGGUCUGGCUUGUUGUUUUGCAAUGUGUUAGGUAAGCAAAAUGCUUGAGGUUCAGGAGUCAGUCCUACUGUUGUAUACUAUGUUAUCUAACAACUAUAGUAUUAUGUAUAUCCAUUGUUAUUAAAUGGUUCAAGGUAGCAGUAUCCCCACCUGGAGGUGAUGUUGUGAUAGAAAAUAGACAUAAGCUUCAGGCCAUGCUUUCAAGAAAUGAUUAUACCAGCUCAUUUAACUGUUUUUAUUAGGACGACUAUUUGCAUGGCUCCCAAACAUUAUAUAAUUUGAGUCUUAAUGUGUUUAAUGAAGUAGCUGUUUUAA